AGCUUUGGCUCAAGAUUCCGGUCGAGCCGAGCAACGAUGAACUCGCCUCUAUCUAGCAGCGACUCCGUAUGGCGAAGCAUGGCGGUGAAAAGCGAUACAGGACUAGAGCUAAGAUCCGAGUCUGAUCUCUACAUGAAAGGCAAGAUCAGCCGCCUGAAGGAGUUCUAUUUACGCAGGCUUUCGCAAAGCGAUACUGCUGCAGUUGCACGGCUCCGGGCAAGGUCACCAAGGUCAAACUUGGGGAGCCCCCGCCAGCUGAGUCCAAGACAGACGCCCAGGAGCUUGGAUGCUGAACUUACCGAGGCAAUCUACGAGAAACAGACGAACAGCAACAGCAAGGCGGCUUUGUCGCCUGCUACCAUGGAGAAGCUGGGGUCAAAAGUAGGGCCGCACAUUGAAAUGCUUAAUGCCAAGCUCAUCAGCUUGCGUGCAGCUCUGGAGAGCAGGAUCCUGGAUGGAAGCAGUCAGAGCAAUGUAUUGCGGCAUUUGACCCAGCUGAGGUAUCACCUGGAUAAUGCAUUGAAGUGGGCGCCUGAUGCCGCCUUUUCUGGGCCUGCCAUUGAACACACAAUUCAGCAGGUUCAGCAACUCGCAAGCACAGCUCGUGUGCUUGCACCUGGGGUGUAUGUGUUCUCCAAGCGCACGGAGCACAUUCUGAUCCGGAAGGAGCGCGCUUUGAAGAAGGCAGCGCAAAUUCUUUAUGAAGACUAUCGAAAGCCCCCGUCAUAUUCAGAUAUAUUGAAAGGCGACAUCAGGAUACCCACUUCUAGGACCAGCAAGGCAGAAUCCACAGUGGUCAGCGAAUUUGAUUCUGAAUGUGGUACGAUGUAUGCGGACACAGUGAUCACUUGGGAUAGCCCCGCUGAUGUUGGAAAUGUGCAGGACGUUAACGAAUACUUGGCGUUGAAGAGUGAGGACCAGCAACGUCGCUGGUUUUACUCUCAGUGCUUGGCUGCAAAGAUGGCAGCUGCUGAUAAAGCCCGAGCGCGGAAGAUUCUCAUCUCUGACUUGUACUCCAAGGUCAAGAAGGCCGAUGGUCUUCCAAUCACCAAUUGGAUGAUGUUCAUUCAAGAACAGCUAAUGGUUGGCCAACUGUCUCCUGCAGCUGUGAGUUGCGUUCAUUGAGUGUUUACUGCUGCGCUCAUGCCAGACUCUUUGUGUUUUGGCCUGCAAGCUUAAUUAAUUAGCUCGAGCUGAUCACAAAUAACAGCCUUUAGGUUUGCCGUGGAACUGACUUACAUUUCCGGUCCGCAGAGAUCCUUACUGCUGAGAUUACCCGAUGCUGCGCAGAAGUCAAGC